AUGUCAUGCUUUUCCCGCGGACUUAUAGAACCACCAUCGUCGUUUGGUCAUGUCAAUCGCAACAUUAUCGUUGUCAUCUUACACAAAGCAUUGACGAAGGCACGUUUGGCAUUUGGAACAAGUGUUAAUAUACUCAUUCAGAGCAAGCAACCGCACGAAGACACUACACGUAUAUACGACGAUAUUUUGCUUAAGGCGAAAUUACUUGGUGGUAGGCAAUGUACUCUAAACAACAAGUCUACAUAUUUCACUGCGGUGAACAUGAAUGGCAGCAUCGACAAAAUAGCGUACUCCACGAGAUUACGCUGGUGUUUAAAUCCGAUUUCCGCCUCCAACCUUACAAUUUAA